AUGACUCCAGCAGGAACAGAGGAUGUGGUUACUUUAGCCCUAUCUGUUGCAUUUGGACUGAUGGCAUUUUGUCUGUUGAUUACUAGUAUAAUGGUACUUGUGUAUUUCGUCUAUAUAAGAAGAAAAUGGAAAAAUAGGAAGAGGAAACACAAAGACUUCAACCAGCAUAACUCGAGAAAAUGUGAAGAAACAGAAAAUGAAAUUAAAAAUCUUUUAGAAAUAGAUGGUAAACCGAAUGAUGAACCGAAUGUGCCAUUACAUGAAAGAGGUUACAUUUCAGAACAAUCAAGCGCUAGUAUAAAUUACAUCAAAGAUGCAAGUAAUACAGAAAUAUAUGCUCUUUAUUCAGCCUGUAAGAAUGGAAAGACAGAUGCCUGCGAAUAUUUCAUCAAUCGCUAUCCAGAUAUGCUUAAUCAGGUAGAUGAUGAAGGAUGGAACGCUGCAUUUUAUACUGCAAAAGGAGGUAAUGUUAAAAUUCUAAAACUUCUGGCAGAAAAAGGUGUCGAUAUGACUUAUAAAACAAAGGAUGACGGAAAUAUUCUUCACAUCGCUUGUGUUAAUUCUCGAUUAGAAAUGUGCCAGCAUAUAAUCCAACAAUAUCCAGAUAUGCUUAAGCAGGUGAAUAAUUAUGGAUCGAAUGGUGCUUUUUAUGCAGCACAAGGAGGAAAUGUUGAAAUUUUAGAACUUUUGGCGGAAAAAGGCGUCGACAUGACAUAUACAAACAAGAAUGGCAGUAACAUUCUUCACAUAGCCUGUGGUUAUGCUAAGUCAGAAAUGUGCCAGUAUACCAUCCAACAUUAUCCAGAUAUGCUUAAGCAGGUAGAUAAUGAUGGAUCGAAUGGUGCAUUUUAUGCAGCACAAGGAGGAAAUGUUAAAAUUCUAGAACUUUUGGCGGAAAAAGGCGUCGACAUGACAUAUAAAAACAAGGAAGGCUGCAAUAUUCUUCACAUUGCCUGUUCUUAUGCUAAGUCAGAAAUGUGCCAACAUAUCAUCCAACAUUAUCCAGAUACGCUUCAACAGGUAAGUAAUGAAGGAUUGAAUGCCGCAUUAUAUGCUGCACAAGGUGGAAAUGUUGAAAUUUUAGAACUUCUGGCACAAAAAGGCGUCGACAUGACAUAUAAACACAAGAACGGCAGUAAUAUUCUUCACAUUGCUUGUAUGAACUUUAAAUUAGAAAUGUGCAAACAUAUCAUCCAACAUUAUCCAGACAUGCUUAAUCAGGUAAAUGAUAAUGGAUGUAAUGUCGCAUUUUAUGCAGCACAAGGAGGAAAUGUUGAAAUUUUAGAACUUUUGGCGGAAAAAGGCGUCGACAUGACAUAUAAAAACAAGGAAGGCUGCAAUAUUCUUCACAUUGCCUGUGCUUAUUCUAAGUCAGAAAUGUGCCAACAUAUCAUCCAACAUUAUCCAGAUAUGCUUCAACAAGUAGAUAAUGAUGGAUGUAAUGCUGCAUUAUACGCCGCAAAAGAAGGAGGAAAUGUUGCAAUUCUAGAACUUCUUACAGAAAAAUGCGUCGACAUGAGAUAUAAAACCAAUGAUGGCGGCAAUAUUCUUCACAUAGCUUGUGGUAAUUCUCGAUUAGAAAUGUGUCAAUAUAUCAUCCAACAUUAUCCAGAUAUGCUUCAACAGGUAAAUAAUAAUGGAUUGAAUGCCGCAUUAUAUGUUGCCAGGGGAGGAAAUGUUGAAAUUUUAGAACUUCUAGUGGAAAAAGGUGUCGACAUGACGUAUAAAAAUAAGGAUGGCAGUAACAUUCUUCACAUUGCCUGUGCUUAUGAUAAGUCAGAAAUGUGCCACAAUAUCAUCCAACAUUAUCCAGAUAUGCUUAAGCAGGUAAAUAAUAAUGGAUGUAAUGCCGCAUUGUGUGCUGUACAAGGAGGGAAUGUUGAAAUUUUAGAGCUUCUGGCAGAAAAAUGCGUCGACUUGACAUAUAAAAGCAAGAUUGGCAGUAAUAUUCUUCACAUAGCUUGUGCAAAUUCUCGAUUAGAAAUGUGCCAAUAUAUCAUCCAACAUUAUCCAGAUAUGCUUCAACAGGUUGAUAAUGAUGGAUGGAAUGCUGCAUUAUGUGCUGCACAAGGAGGAAAUGUGAAAAUUCUAGAACUUUUGGCGGGAAAAGGCGUCGAUAUGACAUAUAAAAGCAAGGAAGGCUGCAAUAUUCUUGAUAUCGCUUGUAUUAAUUCUCGAUUAGAAAUGUGCCAGUAUAUCAUCAAACAUUUUCCAGAUAUGUUAAAGCAGGUAAAUGAUUAUGCACGGAAUGCCAUAUUAUGUGCUGCACAAAGAGGAAAUGUUGAAAUUUUAGAACUUUUUGCAGAAAACGGCGUCAACAUGACAUAUUAA